UGCAAUCAUAUACACCCACCCCCAUAUUAGGAUAACUCCGGAUUUAGGUGUUGUUUUGACAGCAGUUGAGCUAUGAUUUCAAUAGUCUUACUGUGUGUCUACAUGAAAACUCAUAUGUGUGCCUGGCUGAGCAGUAUUUCCUGCUUACAAAAGCGACCCAAAGUGGGAUUUUAAGAGCCUAGAGAAAGUUUUAGUAACUUUAUUAUUUAAUUUAGUUGUCUUCGGAUUACGUAACGCGAGAAAAUAUGCUGCGCUCUUUUAGGGAUCACAUAUGGGAGAGUUGGGAGUGGGAUUCACACAGUAAAUCCCCUGAUGCUCAGCUGUCAGCAUGCCGACAGUCUGUUUAUUUUCAUGUCAGCCCUCUACUGGACAGUCAGGGCACUGCAGGGGUCAGAGGCACCAAAGGUUUUAGUCAUGGUGAGCAUUACUGGGAGAUUGAGUUCCUUGAACCUCCAUAUGGAUGCUCUGUAAUGGUGGGGGUCGGUACCCAAAAUGCACUGCUGCACACAGGGGACAAAAGAUUUAUUAACCUCAUAGGCAUAGACAGUGAGAGUUGGGGACUGUCAUACAAGGGCUUUAUCUGGCAUAAUGGAAGGAGUCGAAAAUACACAGAACCGUUUUACGACAAAAAUACAGUCAUUGGGAUUCUGUUGGACCUGAGUGCUGGAACACUGACGUUCUACCGAAAUGGAGUUAACCUUGGGGUUGCCUUUACAGGCCUAAAGCAGAUCAGCAAAGCUCUGUAUCCUUUGGUGAGCUCCACCGCUCCUGAAACAGAGCUUCAGCUGGGUUUACGAACCCACAGAAUGUCAUCCCUACAAGAACAAUGCAUACACAUCAUCACACAGAGCCUUUCAAAUUAUACAAACGCACACAAAUUACAGCUGCCAACAUCCCUGCUGUGUCAAAUUCUAACACAUGCACAUUCCUAAGUUAUGAUUUGUUUGUUGAUCAUUUACAACACAACAUUCACAGUCACCGAUAACUUUACAACAAACUCUUCAGGUUUUGUAUGAUGCUACAGUGGCAAGAAUUGUGAUGGAUUCUCAAUAUAAAAAGCCUCCCUCAAAAACAGAUUAUAUAUUUGCCAUAAAAUGCUAUGCACCAAAAUUUUAAAUUUUUUGUAUUUUUAUGUGUACAAGAACUGACUACAUUACUUCAUUCUUGACGUUAAGCGGGCAUAGUUAUUUGUAUGGAAUCAUGUAGAGAUUGUGAACAAAUGAGUUUUACCAAAUAUGUGAUUUUUGCUCAUCUUGCCAGUUGCCUUUAGUAUGCUCACUUACAUUUUUUUUAUAUUUCUAUGAGGCUGCUAUGCUACAACUGCACAUUGUGAAAAUCGAUAUACUUUUCUGUAUUUACAAUCAUUUUGAUAGUAUUCCUAGGUAAGUUAUUAUUGGGAUCAUUAUGCACA